AUGACGGAAGUGCAAUUCAGAGAAGGUGCUCAUUGGCUGCAAGCACUAAACAUGCUCCCUUCUAUUGUGGAGGUACGCUUAUCUGAUUGUGGCAUCAACACCAUUCCGCCCUCUCUUCCACAUGUGAAUUUUACUUCACUUUCUGUUCUUGAUCUUUCUUGGAAUUCUAUUAAUUCAACGAUACCUGGUUGGUUGUUCAACAUAAGAAGCCUCGAGUACCUCGAUCUCCAUGAUAAUUUUAUUAAUUCGACGAUACCUGGUUGGUUGUUCAACAUCAGCAGCCUCGAGUACCUUGAUCUUAGCUAUAAUUUCUUUCGGGGCAUCAUUCCGCCUGCAAUUAAGAAUCUAUCUUCGCUCAAGGCCCUUUAUCUAUUUGGUAAUCGGUUUCUUGAAGGCAAAAUUCCGGUUGAAUUUGGGGAGCUGUGUAAGCUGCAGUAUUUGGGAUUGUCAUACAUUAAUAUCAGCAAAAAUUUGCAUGAACUUGAUAAAGUAUUUACUGGAUGCAUCAAAAAUAGUUUAGAAACUCUGUGCAUAAGGAACACCCAGCUUGGCGAUUAUUUGCCGGAUUGGUUGGGAGACUUCAAAAAGCUCAAACAUCUCGAUUUGUGUGGCAACUCAAUUUCUGGUCCUAUUCCUGAAUCACUUGGAAGGUUGUCAGCACUUCAAAAAUUAUAUCUUGUCGACAAUAAGUUGAAUGGAACUUUUCCAAAAAGUCUUGGAAGACUUGCAGAGUUAGUUGAGUUAUCUCUCGGAGGGAACUUUUUGAAGGGUGUCAUGUCUGAAGAGCAGUUUGCCAAUUUCACCAAACUGAAAUAUCUAGAUUUAUCACAAAAUCAGUUAAUUCUGAAUCUGACGUCUGAUUGGAUUCCCCCUUUUCAGCUUCAGGAAUUAUAUAUUGGUUUUUGCAAGUUGGGACCACGAUUCCCAGCAUGGCUUCGGAUGCAAAAAAACAUUACCGAUCUAGACAUGUCUAGCACAGGAAUUUCAGAUGCUAUACCAGAUUGGUUUUGGAGGUCAUUUUCCCAGAUAAGGUAUUUAGAUAUCUCCAGCAAUGGAGUCAAUGGCAGUAUACUUGAUCUCACAGGCUUCAUCAACCUUAAUUAUUUUAAUUUGAGUUCUAACCAUUUUGAGGGUCUAUUGCCAAAUUUUAAUUCUUCAAUAUUGCAGCUACUAGACCUAUCGAACAAUUCAUUUUCAGGAGCGAUUCAUCUUGACAUUGGUAAAAGUAUGCCUAAUUUGGAAUAUCUCUUCCUUUCCAGAAAUAAUUUAAGUGGUGAAAUUUCCUUGUCUGUGUGUCAUCUUCGAUACAGCGCUCUUGAUCUUUCAAAAAAUCUAUUGUCGGGUGAGCUUCCUAAUUGCUGGAACCACUCUUCCUUUAUCUUUGUCAUAGAUUUUUCGAACAAUAAUCUAUCUGGAAGUAUUCCUCCAUCAAUAUGUUCAUUACAACUUCUCGAGUCAUUGCAUUUGAGUAAUAAUAAUCUUUUAGGAGAACUCCCUUUAUCAUUGAAGAGUUGUACGAGAUUAAAUACUCUUGAUCUUGGACAGAAUGGAUUCACUGGUAAAAUACCUACUUGGAUAGGAGAAAGUUUGUUGUCUUUGAAGAUCCUUCGCUUACGAUCAAACAAGCUUGUUGGAAAUAUUCCUUCUAAUCUAUCAAAACUAGGGGCUCUUCAAAUUCUGGAUCUGGCUAGUAACAAUUUAUCAUGGAACCAUCCCUUCUAG